AAUUUCCACAUCAAGAAACUGCCCCUUAGACUAAAGUCACACACCAAAUAUUGUUACCUCCCUAGCUCCUAGCCAUUCUCUCCUCCCAAUUUCCAUCACGAACCUUCUAGCCAGCCAUGGUGGAAACAGAUCAGGCCCGACCGCUCGCCCCGGCGGCCAACCGCCCGAGCAGCGACGACGAGGAGGUAGCCCUACACUCGAAGAAAAUCCGACACCGAAAACUCAUCAAAUAUUGUGGCUGCCUAGCGGCGUUUGUGCUAAUCCUAGCCGUUGCGAUCAUAAUCCUCAUAUUCACGGUGUUCAAAAUAAAGGAGCCCGUUAUCAAAAUGAACGGCAUAACGGUCUCAAACUUAGCGUUAGUAAACAACAGGACCUCUGAAGGCAACAUGUCGUUGACGGCUGACGUGUCCGUGAAGAACCCGAACGCCGCGUCGUUUAGGUACAGCAACACCACCACCGCGCUGUACUACGACGGUAAAAUGAUCGGCGAGGCCCGAGGCCCACCAGGCCAGGCCCGGGCCAGGCGGACCAAAAGGAUGAAUAUCACGGUGGACAUCAUCAUGGACCAGGUCAUGACAAGCCCAAAUUUACUGGGGGAUGUGGGCUCGGGCCUCGUGGAAAUGAGCAGCUAUUCGAGGAUUCCGGGGAGAGUUAAGAUACUGAACGUUAUUAAGAGACAUGUUGUUGUGAAAAUGAAUUGCACCUUCACGGUUAAUAUUACGAGCAAGUCAAUUGUGGAGCAGAAAUGCAAGAGGAAGGUCAAGCUGUAGCCUAAAGGGAUAUGAAAAUCGAUGAGGCUAU